AGACAGUAAAAAAUUUCUAACCAUUUUUUUUUUUGUUAAUUGAAAAAGGGAAUUAUGUCUAUGCAAGUUAGUUUGGUCCAAUAGAUCUCCAAGUGAGGCAAUAUUUUAGUCAUUAAAAGUGCAAGCCUAUAGCAACCACCAUGGGACGUGUAGAUAAAAAGUUAUUAACAAAUAAAUUGGUUGACUGUCUUUAGAAUUUCCAAGUAAUGCUACAUUUGACUUGCCUCAUCAGAUUAUCAUCUCUGCUAAAUUAAUUAACAAUCAAAUGUCUACGACGAAGCUGAAUGACAAGAUGUUGAAUAACAAUGCCAUACAAACCAACAUCAAUACCAACGUUACUGAUGAUGGUGCAACAAUCCCUCAUCAUCCUGCGACGCCUAUCACAGUUCAAACUAACCGACUCAGUGUAGUAUCCAACAACAGUUUCAAGAACGAAGACGGUGUUGACAGCAACUCUAAAAACGAUGAGAAAUCUUCCCCAGUUGAUGGUGUAACAAUUCCUGUAACUUCACCAGCGGCUACCAGCUCUGCGAAUAACAAAGGCAACGUACGAUCGAGUUCCAUUGUGCAAUUCGCUCUCCCGUCUGCGUCAUCUUCUAUUAAAACCCCACCGAAAUCUGGAAAAAAUGCAGCAACGUCAAGAGUUGCGGUAACCAAGUUGUGGGUGGUGGUGGUGAUGACGAUCAUUCAGUGUGUGGUUUUGAUGGUGGCUGAACACCUCACUCAUUCACUUACCCUCAGGGUUGAAGCUUAUCAUUCCCUCUACAAUGCGGUUGUCUUGAUAGGAUCUUUGAUCUCAAUUAAGUUGUGCCAGCAGCCGGAGAGUUUACAGAACACGUUCGGUUGGGCGCGUAUCGACGUCGUGUUGUACCUUGUAAGCCUUAUCUUCUUGAGCUCGCUGUGCUUCAGCGUAGCGAUCGAGGCCGCGCAGACUGCGCUCCAUAUCCAUCAUCAGGAUCCCAUCCAUUAUCCUGAUGCCAUCAUCUACAUUUGCCUGGGGGCGCUUACAGUGAACGCAGUCGUGUUCAUCCUCAUCGGCGGUUACACUCAACACCAGGGGAGCUUUUGUGAGCUGCGUGGCAGCGGCGAUGUCUACAUCAGUAAGCAGGUCCGGGAAGACUCUCUGCAACGAGGGCAGCGUACGCUGUCUGCCCGUAACCAGCGAGCGCGAACAGCAGGGUGUCCCGACAGCGCAACUCUUCGUCAGGGAUACAGGGACGUCUUACGCGAUAUUUCUGGGAUCAUGAUCGCGCUGCUGUGUGCGGUGGUACUGGUCCUACAGGAGCAUGAAGACUCCCUGUUAUCCUACUACAUGGAUCCUCUGCUGGCCGUCGUGUCGGUUACGGUGCUCAUGUGGCUGUCCUAUCCGUUCGGCAAGGAGUGCAGCAAAAUUUUACUGCAAACAAUCCCAGACCAUAUCGACGUGAGCAAGUUUUCCGAAACGCUUCAGGACUCCUUCCCAGACAUCCUAAACGUCCACCACCUGCACAUCUGGAGCCUCAGGCCCGGCCACGUUGUUGCUACGGUGCACGUUAUAUUUGCCGACAAGAAUGUGUAUCUCUGCAACAGCGCAGCGCUCGCCAAGUUCUUCGAGCAACAUCAUAUCUCACAAGUGACUUUGCAACCAGAAUUCCUAGUAGCCGAAAUGGCCACGCUUCCUUACUGUCGUUGUGCUGACCACCUCCUUGAUGAAGCUGAGGACAUCUGCGACGACUACGCCAUGACACACAAGGACAUACACCUUCAUCUUCAUGAUCAAUUACAUGAACAUCAUCACGAUGAUGAGCAUCACUGCCAUCAUGAUCAUGAACACAAACAUAAUCAUGAACACAAACACACUCAUAAUGAUCUCGAACUCCCCAAUCCUACUUUUGAUAAGCAUGCAUGUGAUAAAAAAAUGGAACCAGCUUCUGAUGGAGGAAAAUGUGGUGCUCCCAAUGAACAGCUUCGUCAAAACCAGCGUGAAAAUGUCAAAUCUGCUUCUAGUCUAUGCAAAAAUAAUCAUGAAAGUAAUGUUCUUAAACACGGUUGUCAUGAAUCAUCGGUAGAAAAAAGAUGUGUUGGGGCUGACGCUAACAAUGCGAAUGGCAGUAAUUUGGUUGAAAAGAAAAACUCAGGAAAUUGUACGGUGGGUAAAAACUUGAAUAACAAAGAAGAGGUACAGUUCAUGGCGCCUCAGACAGCACUCGAAAAAUUACAAAAAGAAAAUUACGCACGAAAUUCAGAGAAUCAGAUUAGGGGCAGCGACUCUAAUUUGUCUCAUAAGUUGAACUUAGAAACAAAAUGUGUUGCGAACAAAUGUCCCAAAUCUGACUGUCAGAAUUUGGAAGAAUCGAAAGUCGAAUUAGAAUCAGUAGACAGCGAAAAGGUUUCCGAAACCGUCCCAAACUUUCCACACCAUGAGCAUAAAACAGUUUAGAUACCAAACCAUGAGCUACAAAGCAACGACUCUCAACCCCAUGUUAGGAAGAUAUGUAAAUAAUGUGUAAGGUUGUACAUGUUAUUUAAAUAUUAAAACGCUAUUAAAAUAAUAAGGCCCGUCGUCCUCCAGGACACGGCAGUGAUGAAAUUUUAAAAUCAGUACCGAAAUGAAAAAUCAUUGGAGAAAUCAA